AUGCACCAAAAGCCGUUUACCGUUUGGACGGCCAUGGGCAUCGGCCACUCGAUCACCAAUACAGCCAUCACCCUCAUCGUGGGUCUCGCCAGCGGCGUCGCUCUUGGCGGCCCCCCCCUCUUCAUCUACGGCUUCCUCAUCAUGGCAAUCAUCGCUGUAUGUGUUGCCAUCAGCCUAGGCGAGCUUGCCUCAGCUCUGCCUCACUCGGGCGGUCAAUACUUCUGGGUCGCUGUUCUAGCUCCUCCAAAGCAUAGACGCUUUCUUUCCUAUAUCACUGGCAUUGUGGGAUGGGCUGGGGCUGUAUGCACUAGUGCUUCGGUCUGCCUCGCCGUGCCAACCACCAUCUUCGCCAUGGUCUCUAUUACAAACCCCGACUUCAAUUAUAGUCCUUGGAUGGGGUUCGUGGGGUUCCAGGUUCUGAACCUGCUGGCAUUCACCUUCAAUUGCUUUGAGCGUGUUCUCCCCUGGGUCAGCCGUUUUCUCCUCGUCUUCACCGUCUGCACCGUGAUAGUUGUAUUUGUUGGCGUUUUGGCGGCGAGCCCACAGAAACAAUCUGCAGACAAUCUCUUUGUCAACCUGUACAACAUCUCGGGCUGGUCCAAUGGUGUGGCCUUCAUGAUCGGACUCAACGCCCCUAACUGGGCCUUCUCCUGCCUCGACGCUGUGGUGCAUCUGGCUGACGAGAUUCCAAACCCUCGAAGAAACAUACCUCAAGCUCUACUAGUAACAGUUGCUCUUGGCAGCGCGACUGGACUUCCUAUAAUCCUUGCGCUCUUCCUGGCGGCUCCCUCAGUCGAUAACAUUGUCAACUCUGCCACGCCAUCGCUACAGAUCUUCCAAGAUGCGUUCAAACAGAACACUGCUGCUGCGUUAGGAUUGCAGAGCUUGGUAUUGAUAUCCGCUGCAGGCGCUAUCAUUGGCAUCCAUACUUGGCAGUCUCGCAUUGCUUGGGCUUUCAGCAAAGACAAAGGAUUUCCAUUUCAUCGAUUUCUUUCUCAAAUUGCUCCAGAACCUUACGGUACUCCAAUCUAUGCCCACGUCUGGUCUUGUUCCUGGACAGCUGUCCUUGGGUGUAUCUACAUGGGCUCGCAGCUUGCUUUCAAUUCUCUUGUUUCAGGCGGCAUCCUUCUACAGUACAUGACCUACUUUACCAGCAUAGCGUGUCUUUUGUGGUACGGCCGGUCGAACAUCACCCCAGGCCCUUUCUGGUACCCCAAGCUUGGUCUGAUUGCGAACAUUGUUGUCUUGGUUUGGACUACGAUUGCACUUGUUUUCUAUUGCUUCCCUUUAUUCGUCCCGGUUCAAGCAGAUUUGAUGAACUAUGUGUCUUGUGUAAUUGUAGGAGUUUUGCUGUAUGCUUUGUUAUACUGGAUUGCAUUCGGCCGCAAAGAAUAUCAGACCCCACAGCCGGAGCAGUACGAUUAA